AUGCAAUCGUCGCUAGAGACCGCGGGGCUCGUUACACCGAUGGUGGCCAUGACCACCACCAACAUUGUUCCGACGGUAGCAACGCAAAGUUCUCCUGCAGUGCCGGCAGUGAAACAGACACCUCAGAAAAGUGCUCCACCGCCCUCGAAACCGCCCGAGUUGUUGCUCUCGAAACGAAAUCGCGAAGAACCGGCAAAAGUCACACAGGACGAUGAUGCUAGCAGCCUGCGGCAGCCACUCAUCAAGCAGAUAAAUAAACUGCUCACACCGCCGGAAGAUCUGCUACAGUGGAAGGACAUGCCGCAGCACCUGCAGUUCAACCCAUACGUUCUCACCGGGUACCGGCCUCUGCAGGGCGUCAAGGGGUGCCUUAGCAGUCUGUUUUACGUACAUAAUGAGACAAUUAAUAUCCUAACACAUGGCAUUCCAAUAGUGUACAUCUUGGCAACAGUUCCGGCAAUGAUGCCAUGGGAGAAAGAAUAUCGCUUUCUCUCGUGGUGCCAUCUGGUCGGUUCUGUUGCACCGUGGUGCGGCAGUUUCGUGUACCAUCUCUUUAUGAAUCUGGAACGGGGCGAGGGAGUCUACUACCGGCUGCUACAGCUGGACAUGUUCGGAAUCUGGAUGAGUCAGAGUUUUGGUGCCCUUCCGAUGGUGACGGCCACAGUAUACUGCCUGAGGUGGCCUCUAAAAUGGUUCCUCAUCAUAGCCUACUCGCUGUUAUGCAUUUGGGGCCUGUAUAAGGCUUUGACGGCUUCCUCACCGUGGCAGCGUAGGCUCUGCUUCCUCCGGCCCUUCGCCAUGCGUAUUAUGCUCACUCUGCUAAGGAUAUCCAAGCUUGGAGGUGGGAAUCCCACCUCACUAACACACGUCUUCCUGCAGGACGCCGUGUCGGCCAUGGGUGGCGUAAUUGGGGCAAUGCACAUACCGGAAAAAUGGUUUCCCGGUAGCGUCGAUAUCUAUCUUAACUCGCACAACAUCAUGCAUGUGCUUGUUGUCGCCGCCGUCUACUCGAUGCACCAGGCCACCGUGCAGGACAUCGAGUGGAUGCAACGUGCCCAGUGUUCUGGGCCCACCAAUCAGACGAGUCAGAUGAACAUAGAAGCCAUUAACGGAACACAUCUGGAGCUAUGA